UGUGUGAAACUCAACGUGUGUCAUUAUUUUCUAGCUUCAGUCUUCAAUGUUCUGCCACCAGUUUGACUGAAAAACACAGCUUUAUGAAAAAAAACGGACCAAAAAUAUGAAACCAACUCUGGAUAAAGCUGCGAAAGUCUGUGCAGUUGAGCUAUAUAAUAAUAAUUAUUAUUUAAUCGAAUUUUGACACAAGGUUGUUACGUUGAGUUAGGAAGUGACGACAUAUUUAACUUGUACUAUAUCGCUCCUAGCUUUUGGGUUGAAGCUCUAUAGCUGAAGGAAACCAUGGCUGAUGCAACAGAGAUUGUGAAAAAGAAUGACUUUGAUAAAUUCCAGGCAGACAGAGUAAUAAAAGUGGAUGAGUGGUUGAACCGUUGGGAAAAUAAGCAAACUCCAUUUCACAUGAAUGAAGCGCACAAGAUGCUGAAGAAAUAUGUUGAUGUUAUGCUUAAUGGCAAGGAUCAUCUUAGAAUCUUAUUUCCUCUUUGUGGAAAAGCAGUUGACAUGAAAUGGCUGGCUGAUCUUGGACACAAGAUAGUCGGCAUUGAAGUGAGUGAAAAAGCAAUUCUAGAAUUUUUCACUGAACAGAGUGUUUCCUAUUCCAAAGAAGCAGUAUCUGAUGUUCCUGGAGCCACAUUGUUCAAGAGUUCAGAUGGAAAGAUUUCAAUAUACUGUUGCAGUAUUUAUGAUGUUUCAAGCUCAUUUAUUGGCAAAUUUGAUGGAAUAUGGGAUAGAGGGUCCCUAGUAGCCAUCAGUCCUUGUGACAGACAGCGCUAUUCAGAAUUAAUGUUAUCUUUAAUGGAAGAUGAUUGCUGUUACCUCUUGGAAGCAUUCGAUUAUGAUCCACGUUUGCAUAAAGGUCCUCCUUUCUUUGUUCCCUUUUCUGCUAUUGAAGAAUUGUAUGGUUCCACCUGCAAUAUUAAAUUUCUGGAGGCUGCUGAUAUGCUAACUGAUCGACAGAGAGAGUGGGGCCUAGACUACUUCAUACAGAACAUUUAUAUGAUCACACUGAAGGCAACCUGAAAAUUCCAGUUAUCCAAUCUGUUUUCAUUAAGCUGCUAAGACCGGGUCAUGCUCAGCAUUCAAUAAAAAUGUUAUUCUGACUUUUAUGUUUUGAUGAAUGGCAUGUUUUGUAGAAUGCAGCCAAAAUGUUUUUCUAAGCUUUUAUAGAAUUCUAGAUGUAAAUUUUUUGAAGGAAAACUUGUCUACAGUUCAGGUUUCAAUAAAACAAUGCAGUUUUGAUCA